AUGGCCGAUAAUGGAGGUCACCAAAUCACUCAGGCCAAGCCCCUGGCCCAGAUGGCAAAACUGCAAGCUGAAGUCCAAAGACUCGCUGAGAUGUCCACUCGAAACAACGUCGAAAAACACGAGGAGAACGGCCCCAAGGGCCCAGGCAAAGACAACACAGACCUACUGAGCGUCAACCUACCAAAGGAGAAGUUAACCUUGGACAACCCGUUCUCUGAGAAAAUUACCAACUAUCAGAUGCCGAAAAAUUUCAUACUGCCAUCUUCCCUUGAGCCGUAUAAGGCGAUUGGUGAUUCCCGGGCUCACAUUAGGAAAUUCCAAUCUAUGAUGUUCUUUAAUGGCCCUAACAAUGAACCCGUGCUUUGCAGGGCUUUUCCCACAUACCUUGAUGGAGCUGCAUUAUUUUGGUUUUCAAAAUUACCCGAAGGAUCAAUCUCUUCAUUUGAGGAGUUGGCGAAGUCCUUCAUCGACUACUUCGCGGUGGCACGAAUAUAUGUGCACGGAUCAGACUACCUAGGAACCAUCCGCCAAGGUCCACAAGAAAGCCUAAAAGACUAUAUGACGAGAUUUCUAGAGGCCACCAUGGAGAUACCAGACCUGGACCCUGCUGUCCACCUACACGCCCUCAAGGCCGGUCUCAAACCCGGGAAGUUCAGAGAAACAAUCGCGGUAACAAAACUAAAAACAUUAGAAGAAUUUCAAGAAAGGGCGGCCGGACAAAUGGAGAUCGAGAAACUCCGUGAAGCCAAAAAAGUAGAAAGAAGGCAACCCAGAAGGAAGGAAAGCCGAACAAUAAGGUCGACCGACCACAAAGACUCCAGGAAACCAUUUAAGCUCACCCUAAAGUUCGACAAUUACACCAGGUUCAACACAAAGAGGGAGAAGAUAAUCAAAAAAAUACUCAAUGCCAAAAUUAUAAAACCUCCGGCAAGAGCAGGAAGCUAUCAAGACCAACGAUUCAUCGACAGAAGUAAACACUGCGCUUUCCAUCAGAAGUACGGACAUACAACCGACAAAUGCGUCAUAGCUAAAGAUCUACUAGAAAGAUUAGCUCGGCAAGGUCUUCUGGACAAAUAUAUUGAAGGAAGAAAACAUAAAGAAAACAGCCGAGACCGAGAAGAACGCCAACAGACCUCAGGAAGCAAGGAGGACAAUAAAUGGUCAAACAAUGCACUACCAAAAGGCAUUAUAAAUUGCAUUUUUUGA